AUGGCCGCAGCUGCACGCGCUCGAGUUGCACACUUGCUGAGGCACCUGCAAAGCACAGCAUGCCAGUGCCCAACACAUUCUCAUACUUACUCCCAAGCCCCUGGACUCUCGCCUUCUGGAAAAACAACAGAUUAUGCGUUUGAGAUGGCUGUUUCAAAUAUUAGAUAUGGAGCAGGAGUUACAAAGGAAGUGGGCAUGGAUCUACAGAAUAUGGGCGCUAAGAAGGUUUGCUUGAUGACAGACAAGAACCUCUCCCUGCUCCCUCCUGUGCACACAGUCAUGGAUUCCCUAGUGAAAAAUGGCAUCAGCUUUCAGGUUUAUGACAGCGUGAGAGUGGAGCCCACGGACGAAAGCUUCAUGGAUGCGAUUGAAUUUGCCAAAAAGGGAGCCUUUGACGCCUAUGUGGCUGUGGGUGGGGGUUCCACCAUGGACACCUGUAAAGCCGCUAAUCUGUAUGCAUCCAGCCCUCACUCUGAGUUCCUUGAUUAUGUCAAUGCCCCCAUUGGGAAGGGGAAGCCAGUGACUGUGCCUCUGAAACCUCUGAUAGCAGUUCCAACUACCUCAGGGACCGGCAGUGAGACCACAGGGGUUGCCAUUUUUGACUAUGAACAUAUGAAAGUAAAAACUGGCAUUGCUUCACGAGCCAUCAAACCCACGCUGGGCCUGGUUGAUCCACUGCAUACUCUCCACAUGCCUUGUCGGGUGGUUGCCAACAGUGGCUUUGAUGUCCUUUGCCAUGCUCUGGAGUCGUACACAGCCAUUCCCUAUAACAUGCGGAGCCCCUGCCCUUCCAACCCCAUCCAGCGCCCAGCCUACCAGGGCAGCAACCCAAUCAGCGACAUCUGGGCAGUCCACGCACUGCGGAUUGUUGCCAAGUACCUGCAGAGGGCUGUCAGAAACCCCGAUGAUCUGGAAGCAAGGUCAAGUAUGCACUUGGCGAGUGCUUUUGCUGGCAUCGGCUUUGGAAAUGCUGGGGUUCAUCUGUGCCAUGGCAUGUCUUACCCAAUUUCAGGGUUAGUGAAGACGUAUAAAGCCAAGGACUACAAUGUGGAUCACCCUCUGGUGCCCCAUGGCCUCUCCGUGGUGCUCACGUCUCCAGCUGUGUUCACCUUCACAGCCCAGAUGUUUCCAGAGCGGCACCUGGAGACAGCAGAAAUAUUAGGAGCUGACAUCCGCACUACCAGGACCCAAGAUGCCGGGCCUGUGUUGGCAGAUACCCUCCGACAAUUCCUGUUUGACCUGAAUGUGGAUGACGGUCUUGCUGCCCUUGGUUACUCCAAGGAUGACAUCCCUUCACUGGUGAAAGGGACACUGCCCCAGGAAAGGGUCACCAAGCUUGCACCCCGUGCCCAGUCAGAAGAGGACUUGUCUGCCUUGUUCGAAGCAUCAAUGAAACUGUACUAACUGUCAGCAGAAACAAUCACUGUCGCCUUCAUAACACAAGUCACAGAUAGGGGAAGUGGGUCACCUGCUGCUGGCUUGAAUGCGAUGUGAUUCUAACCGGGAGAUUCCUUGAUGCUCAUGAAGUAAAACCUGGGGGCCACACCUCAGGGGUCAGUGUCCCUGCACCAAACCCGGCUGAACACGCUGGCUCUCAGUCUGUGUGUCAAAUGGACAAACACUGUCUAUGCAUAGCCUGUGUCUAGAAGUUUAUCCUGCAUAAAUACUAGCAUUAGUGUGCAAAAAAAAAAAUGACCAGAAUAUCUCUGACAGUACUUUUGGGGGUAAUAAAAUUUAAAAGUCUAAAUAUGGUAGAAUACUUUGGUGUUAUUAAUAAAGAUGAAGUAAAUCUCUUGGAAA